CAUAGAUAUGGUUCUGCCACUUCAUAGUCGCUUCCCUGGAUUCACGACGCAGGCAGUGGACUUUGAAUGAAAGUGCUCCCGACAAUAACAAGUCUAAAAAGGCAGAAUUUACCCUCCAGUGCGCUGGCUUCUCAUUCACUACCAUUCAUUUUGAGGCUGAGAGUGACCCUCAGAGUGCCCCGCCUGCUCAUUAGCAUAGCAGCCGACUGCCUGUAUUGCUUCUAGUCAGGCCAAGAGCAAUGCUAAUCACAGACCUGUACUAACCUAGACUGGGAGUGGGCCUCGAAAAUUUUGGAUUUCUCAGCAGUCAGAUCAAAGCAGACCGCCAUCUUGGUGAAGACUCCCGUAACCACAGCCCUUAUAGAACAGCCUUGCCACUCGCUAUUAAGCCCCAUUGUACCAGUUGUUUGUGUUAGUUUGUAUUGGGGCUGUCACACUCCAUCUGUCGGUGGAUACUGGACUUUCUGACAGGCCGCUCCCAGAGGGUAAGAGCUGGCUCCCACCUGUCCUCAGUCAUAAACACCAGCACAGGCUCCCCCCAAGGUUGUGUGCUAAGCCCACUCCUGUACACCCUAUACACUUACGACUGCACCCCCUCUCACUCCAGCAAUAGUAUCAUCAAGUUUGCUGAUGACACCACCAUCGUAGGUCUCAUCUCCAAGGGAGACGAAACUGCAUACAGGGAAGAGGUGCAGCGUCUAUCGGUCUGGUGCAAGGAGAACAACCUGUUCCUAAACAUCUCAAAAACAAAGGAGUUGAUAGUGGACUACAGGAGGACAAAGGCUAACAUUCAACCGCUGGUCAUCGAUGGGGCCUGUGUGGAGAGGGUCUCUGAUUUCCGCUUCCUGGGCGUGCAUCUGAGGGACGACCUUACUUGGAACACCAACACCACUGCCACCAUCAAGAAGGCACAACAGAGACUGUACUUCCUUAGGGUCUUACGGGCUAACCAUCUACCCCAAAGUCUACUGGUGGCCUUCUACCGGAGCUCCAUAGAGAGCAUCCUAACAUACUGUUUAUGUGUGUGGUAUUCCAGCUGCACAGCAGCGGACAGAAGAGCUCUUCAGAGAGUGGUCAGCACAGCUCAGAAGAUCACCAGCUGUCCCCUGCCCUCUUUAGAGGAGUUGUUCUCCUGUCGCUGUCUAAAGAAAGCCAAGCAAAUCAUCAGAGACCCCUACCAUACUGGACAUAAACUGUUUGAGCUGCUGCCAUCAGGCAGGCGUUACAGGGCUCUGGGUACAAAAACAAACAGGCUAAAAGACAGUUUUUAUCCAAAAGCAAUCUACACACUAAAUUUUGCACAGCUGACUUUUUAAAAUCUUAAUUAUUUUUAUACAGUAUAUAUAUAGGUUCUUUGUUGAUUUUUAAGCACCGUGAGCAUCUGCACUUUACCAAUUUCGUUGUACCUGUACAAUGACAAUAAAGUUUCAUUCAUUCAUUAGUUCUAUGGUUUUUGACUGCAGUUCCAAUGAGUUCUCCACUAGUCGCGCAUCGGAGACCAGAAUGAAUGGGACCCAAUGGAGCUAGAUGCUAAAAAUCUUAAUUUUCACCCAGGUCUCAUCAACAAAGCUCAGAUUCGAAUGUUGUUCUGGAGACUUCAAUAAGGGUUUCACCCAACAGUUUAAUAAAAAAGCACAUAUGUCCGUUUGAUUUGUUACAAGAGGCGUUUUUAUUGCUCACUACUCGCUAGCAUUUUGCUAAGGAAGUGACGUCAUAAACACUUAAAAUCACUUUUUAAGCAUUUGCUUGGCUCAAAAGAUCUAAAACUCAGCCGUGGGUAUUUUCUUUUUUUUUGUGAUUCACUGUUUUUUUAUUUAUGAACAAAUUCCCAAGCUGGGAAACAAAGGCAUUACAAAGUCAGUGAUCAAUACCCACCCACCCCACCCCAACCUUAGAUACAAGUCACAUGACCCAUUAGGUCAUAAGUGAAAAAUAGAGAAAAAAAAAGGUUAACAAAAGCCGUGGGUAUUUUCUAUAUAUAGUCUUUCGAAAGCAACAUCCGAAUUACACGGAAAAAAAAAUCAUAUACUGAGAUAAAGGCACCAUGAGGGGUUUUGCUCCAUAGGACUCCAUUCAUUCUGGUCUCCGGGCCGCCACGUGGAUAAGGGUGGAACUGCCACUACAGCUCUAAAUCUGCCAUAGAACUAAUACAAACCUGCCUCGUUUCGGAAACCGGAAAUACACCGUGAAACAAACCAGUGGCAUAUCUGGUCUUAUAGAAUCUGUGCUGUAACCACAGACUUUUACGUAAUGACGUCAGUGUUUUUUUCACUGUUUUUACUGUUUUUUUUUUUUUUUUUUUUUUAAUUCCUUAGACAAGAGUCUUAUUUUACUAGGUAUUUAUCAAGCCAGUUACUUCUCAUCAUGUAUUUUAUACUCCUUUUUAUCAUAUAUUUAACAAUCUAUUCUUAUUUAGUACCCCUGUCACUUUAUGUGACACCAUGUCUCUUUGAUAGGAUGCACUAGGUCACUUUUGGUAUUAUCCAUAUUUUCAUUGUGGGUUGCUUGUAUGUUAUGUGUGUCCUAUGUCCUGAAUGUUUUGUAUGAGCGAAGCUCACUUUACUGCAAAUCAAAUCUACCCUUGGGUACCAAUAAAGUAAUCUAAUCUAAUCUAAUCUAAUCUAAUCAGUCCGCAAAGUUCUUCCAGUAUGUGAAAUGAACUUCUAAACGUGUCGAAAAUAAUGUGAUUCUUCAUUUGCCGUAUGUGUUGUGUAUCUAUAUAUAACACAACAUCAUAUAAUACAACACAAUACAACACAGCAUAAUGUUGUACAAUGCCAUUACAGGCGAAGACGAGGGUCUGUCAUAUCUUUCUGUCUGGGCUCGUGAUGUUGCUAGGUUACCGUCAGCGUCUCCUGGGAAGCUUGCACAGUCAUUUUUACUAAACGUAUGGGUUAUAUGCACAUAUAUACAUAGUUGUCAAUAACUCUGAGUAAAUUAUACCAACUAAGUUGCAUACACACCAGCAUGAACGAUUCAGUAUCACAAAAUAUCCUCAAACCGUAAGCUGCAUUGCUGCAACUAAUAUUCUCUGCAGGGUUGCCAGAUGAGAUAGUGUGUCCUUUUCUACCCGAAGACCGCCUUCCUAAACGGCCCGAUUUGGCGGGAAACCGUCUGAUCUGGCAAGACCGCUUAACGUCUGGGUCUCUAAUAAAACGUUUGGUGGUACAGUGAGGGUGAUUCCUUUCCUGGAGUGACAAUAUAGAUGUUACGAUUUGUCAAAAUCUUACAGAAAAUGAUUGAAACCCACUUUUAUAACGUUGUAGUCACAGUUUGAAAUCGUAUGCAUUCCUAUGGCUCACAGCUCUGAUAGUCUUCACUAGGAGGAGCUAUGUCUGUGGGAGGAGCCGAUGGGGCACGAAAAUCGCAAAGAUGGCUGCGCCCAGUCAAUCCGAAAUUCUGCUCGUGCCUUGAACCGCCCAUUGCCAGUCUAGGUUAGUCUAGGUCUGUGAUGCUAAUAUCGUUUCUGAUUUCCCAAAAAUUCGGGAACUCCACCCACUUUGUCUGAUACUAGUCAACCAGUAGCAAACCAAGGGAGGCUGGUCGACCAUGCUGUUUGGGAAACGUUAAUUGUUAUGCUCUUGGUCAGACCAAGUCUCGAAGAGAUUUGAAAGUCAAUGAUAAUCAGGCUAGGGUUGUCCCACCCUAUAAUGGGACUGGCAUAGUCACCUUUUCACCUGAGUAACAAAGUUUAAAAUCUGGUAACACCACUUGGUUACAAAAUGAAAUAGCAAUGUUUGUUUUACUAAAACACAUACCUAUCCAUAAUAAAAUCAGAAAACUGGAAAAUUUUGAAGUGGUCGAAGUGGUUAAUUUUUUUCUGUGGUUGUAUUUUAUUCUGUUUCUAUACUGCCCAGAUGAUACUAAUUACACAUGCUACACAUUCUGCCCCUUUUUUUCUUAUCUAAACCUUCCCUCAUAUCCCUCUACUAUGUUGCCUUGUUCCUUGGAGGAGGAUGUUGUGGAGGACUGGAGGAGCCCAAAGCACUCAUGAAGUUUGGUUUGAGUGUGGUCCUCAUCGGUCACGUGAACUUCUUAUUGGCGGCGUUGGUUCAUGGUGCUGUGCUGAGGCACAUCAACCUGCACCCGCAGGCGCGAGGCAUGGAAUAUGCCAUCUCCAAUGUCAUUGCAAUGGUUGCAGGACUCACGGGGGUCAUCAUUGGUAUAAUGGCCAUUGUGUUGUCAAAAAAACACUCUCGUCAAACACUUACAUGGGGACUAUGGGUUCUGAGUUUGAUCUCGGCUCUUCUGGCAGCAGCCUCGGCAGUCGGACUUCUAUAUUCUGUCGUGAGGGCAAUCAUUAAUCGUGGACGGAGCUUGCUGACUCAUUGCCGUUUUCCAGACGCGAUUGGUUCAUACUCCUACGUCACUAACGAGUGCCCGUUUGAUCCGACGCGGAUAUACAGCACCACACUGAUCCUGUGGGUCCCGCUCAUCGUGGUCAGCAUCAUCCAGGUCGUGUACUCGAGCUGGGGCCUUGCCGCUUGCUCAUCAUUCCUGGGUAUGUCCUGUUGCCUGAGGCACCACCAGCCCUCUCGCACUCCGGAGGAGAUAAACAGGCCGCAUCCCAGAGGUCAGCAUGGGCGGGAUACUGUUCAGGUACAUUCUGAACAGUGCGAGCUGCUGCCGCAACAACCUGCCCAGCCUCCACCUCAUCCUCCUUCCCGUUCCCUCCCCAUGUCAUUGCGCUCGUCCCAGCAGCCCAGCCGCCCGGCUUCUCAGCUCAGCCGUGAUAGUUUCUGGAUCUGACGGCUCAUUCUUAGGAAACUCGCUUGUCGGUGGACCAGAGUUUGUUCUCCCGACAUCCGUUGUAAAGGGAUUCUAUUGCAACAAAUGUCGCUACAAAUGUCUGAAAACACUAAUGUUAUAUAAACUCAGAGUACACCGAAAUGCUCCGAGUUUGUGUUUUCGGAACCCUGAGUUGAGUACCCAUUCUUUGGCACUUUCCUGAGGCGGAGGCCAGGGUUUCCGACAACCAAGUUUCAAAAGAAUGCACCAUGACACUGCCAGGGAGGGGUGUCCAAAUGGGGGCGUGGGGGAUGGGCUGGGCUGAGGGGGGUCCAUUGGAGCUGGUUGUACAUCGGGCCCCAAAUUUGGUUCUACGCACCUUCCCCCCAGGACUGUCAAGAAACGUAACUGCGAACUUGGAUGGAUGUGACGGAUGUCUGUGUGAAGUACGUACAUUAUAUUAUGCAGUACGUACAUGAUGUCGCGUGUUUACGAUUCAUCUUUAAGCUGCUUUUGUCCUAUGGUCAGGCAGGUUCAAUGUGGUUUUUUUUAGUACCUUAACAUCCAAAAUGUAUGCUGCCCAUUCACAUAUGUCUUUUUCGUUAACUCCCACCAACAUUUCCAAGUAUUCAUUGUGGCUUGGUAAUUUACAAUUUUCAUACAUGAAUAGACGGAUCCUUGCCAUGUAAAAUCUGCCAUUUUGAAUUACCAGUCAUGGAUGUCUUUGGCUGCAAAAUAUCACAUUAGUAGUAGCCUAUUUAUUAGUUCAUUUACUUUGGUAUAUACUGAAAUGUGAAAUGUGGAGUAGCAUACAUUUGAGAGAAACCUGUGAAAAUUACACACUGCACAUUUUAACUGUUAUUCCAGUUGCAUUGCCACAACACAUAGCCAAGCUGAAUACCGGUAUGUACAUAGGUGUGGAAUUUGUGAGUAGCGCAUGAAUAAACACAGGGCUGGACUGGGGAAGAAACAGGCCCUGGGCACUUUUGGCUUAAAGGGCACCCCCUUAUUAUUAGCAGCGCAGAACUGACUCACCGGUGGGCCCCGCACCCUCGUGGGCCCCUAUUGUCAGAAAUGUAAAAAAAGAAAAAGAAAAUAGGGGCCCACGAGGGUGUGGGAACCACCAGGAAAUGCCUGCUAUGCCAGAUGGCCAGUCCAGUCCAGUCCUGAAUAAAUUCAUGAGCAGAGCAUUCUUGGUCAAAUGAGCUUAGGCUCUAGCUAUUUUCUGUGGGUGCACUAUCAGUCACUUAUCAGUGGGCUUGUAGUAGGAGCUUGUGAGGAUGUCUUGAAUAAAGUUUAACCCUUUGAGGAGUACCAUCACAAAUAUGUGAUUAGAAUUUUGCCAACAUUUUGAGUUCUCAUUAUGAUGUCAUAAGGACUUUGCAAGAUUUUUUAACAUAGAUGUCAAUGGGAGCUGAAGAGUGUUCAAGUAAAAUUCUAAAAGAACUGGGGGGAAAAUCCUUACUCCUCAAACGGGCUUUGGCUCUACACUGUGUGCAGAAUUAUUAGGCAAACGUGUUUUUUGACCAUAUUGUCUUUUUAUGCAUAUUUUCCAACAGCAAUUUAUAUGAACAUGAAAGCCUAUUGGAUUUAAGCAUUCCAGGUCAUGCAUAUUUGUAUAAUAAGAUGGGGGUGUGGUCGAAGGUGCCCAACACCUUAUAUCAGGUGUGCAUAAUUAUUAGGCAAAUUUGUUUUCUUCUGGUAAAAUGGGCCACAAAAUAGAUCUAACAAACUCUGAAAUGUCUAUUAACAAUUUUGAAGUGUUCUAGAGGGAUGUGGCUGUCUUGAAAUUAGCAAGAUGUUGGUCACGUUCGCACAGAACUAUCAGAUGCACCGUUACAAAGUCAUCAGUCUCUUAAGAAAUGUCACUGCCAAACAUUGAGAAGAAUUUAACGUGAAACUACAAAAAAUGUAUUACCCUGCAGUCCUAUCAUAUUCCAGAACACAAACCUACACAGAGUGUCCAGAAGAACAGGGUAUUGAGCGCUCAGAGACAUGGCCAAGGUAAGAAGGGAUGACGGCAGACAACCAUUCAACAAGUUAUUUAAGUCAAGACUGGGUCAACAAUACCUGUGGACAGAGUUUUCAAAGGUAUUAUGGACUUGGGAAAGUGACUCUUGACAGACAGGGUGGAUGAACCCAUGGCUGGAUCUUUUAGAGGGAGAAAAUUGCAUCUUUUACGAAGACAAUGGUAUUUAUGCAGUAAUCUGCUGGUAUUUGAGUGGUACUCAGUAACUGAUCUGAGUGUGCACAUUACUGAUCUAGCCAUAGGCUCAUCAACCUGGUCCAUUAUCAGUCACUUUCACUAGUUCAUAAAACCAUAAAAAAACUGUCUAAAGACAUUUCUUGACCCAGUCUUGACUUAAGUUUCUUGUUGAGUGGUCUUCAGGUUUCAGCCUGUUUUACCUUGGCCAUGUCUCUGAGUGCUGAAUACAAUGUUCUUGUGGACACUCGAUGUAGGUGUCAGUUCUGGAAUAUAACAGUACUGCAGGGUAAUAGUUUUGUGGUAGUUUCAUCUUCAAUUCUUCUCAAUCUGGCAGUUACUUUGUGAGCACAUGUCAUGUGACACUGACGGCUUGUAACGGUGCAUUAGAUGGAUGUGACCAAUAUUUCAAGAUAGCCACACCCCUCUAGAAGACUUCAAAAUUGUUUAUAGUCUUUACAGAGUCAUUUCCCCAGAGGAAAACAAAGUUGCCUAAUAAUUAUGCACACUAAUUUUGCCCUGAUAUAGGGUAUUGGGCUCCUUCGAUCACACCGUCUCUUAUUAUACCAAUAUGCAUGACCUGGAAUGCUUAAAUCCAAUAGGUGUUCAUGUCCAUAAAGGGUGGUGGCGGACAAUAUGCAUAAAAUGGACGAUAUUGUCAAAAAACUUGUUUGCCUAAUAAUUUUGCACAGUGUAUUCGCUGUGGAUGCACUUCAGUGGGCUUCUAGUAGGAGCUUGUGGUGAUGUUUUGAUUAAAGGUUUAAAUAAAGUAGGCAUUUUGUAAUCCACUGGAGGGCAUGUAUACAUUUGUUUAAUGAUAUAUUAAGUCUCAUAUUGUUCAAUAAAGCUGCAUUUACCCAUUGAUUAA